UGUUGCGAACAAAAAAAAGAAGUGCAUGCUUUGCUUAAUCAGUAAACUUUCUUUAUUCGAAUUCGAGCAUGCACGCAGCAGCUAGCUACAAGGCGCGCACCGGCCGGUCGGCCACAAUAGUAGUACCUAGGAGUAUUUGCUAGAGCUUGGUAAGAUGCAUAGUGAUGCUACCCCCAAGGCUGCCGCCGAUGAGUCCAAAUUUUGGACGACCAGGAACUACAUCCUGGCGGCUCUCGGCGGGACCCUCGCCGUCACGGCAAUCAUCAUCGUCGUCUCUGUCCUCCUCAGCCCCGCGCACAUCAGCUUCUCCAUAGUGCACGCCUCGCGGAGCGGCUCCCAGCUGCAGUACCUCAACGUCACCAUCGCCGCCGACAAUGCCAGCCAGAAACGCGCGGCGGUGCGGUACCAGGGGAUCUUCGUCGACCUCAAGAACAGCACCAACCCGGCCGGGCCGAGCACCAAGCACGCCCUGGUCUACGCCGCGCCGCCGACGGACGAAUACCUGCCACCCGGCACGGGGCGAGCCAUCAUCAACGCCUCGGUCAAAGUUCUCGCGAUCGGCACGUCCGGGUCGUUCGUCGGCGGCCGGCUGAACCGGACCGGGUUCACGGUGGUGGUGACGGCGGUGGUGCGGUUCAGGGUCGGCAAGAUCCCCACGAGGGUCUACGACAUCAAGGCCUCCUGCACCCACGUCUCCUUCCCGGCAGAAGGAUCAUCCAACGUCAACAUGCUGCCAAUCAAUUGCACUGCUUAAUGACCUUUUUCUGCGGCUAAUGUUAGACUGUGCACGUGUGUGAAUCUCGUUUCUUGAUCUUCAUGUGGAUAUGCUAUUCUUUGGUUGUUUCGGUUUCAUUUCCCCAGAUGUUUGAUGGACGCAUGUGUUCAUCCACAUGUUGUUUCUUGCGUGCUGCAUGUUUUUUUUUUCAGGAUGUGCUCCAGGUCUUUUGUAAUGGUGUUGAUCCAUGUGUCAGUGAAAAAAUAUAUUUGUGAAGCUGGUUUGAA